AUGAGUGAGGGUAGAGGCUGGGGGGGGAGGAUGAGGUGGUCAGAGUCAGGGUUAGGGUUGACAAAGAUGGUGGAGAUAUUGUGGUUUAAACAAUGGAGGGUUCUAUGGGACGAUAAUACCGUAUUAGUGGUGGAGAUAUUGUGGUUUAAACAAUGGAGGGUUCUAUGGGACGAUAAUACCGUAUUAGUAUUAUCGUCCCAAAGUCCCGGUCAGCGCAAGGAGUGGUUAGAUGUGGAUGAAAUCAUGCAUGCUGGCUCUCUACCAAACAUAUUCAAUGCUAUUUAA